AUGGAUCGUGCUCUUACUUCCCGUUUUGAAAUUCCCUCUACUAUCUCUCCGUUACAUAGGAGGAGGACUUCUGUAGCCAUUACUCGACGAUUUACGCCGGCGAUUGUUUCCGCGAAACGAUCUCCGAUCGAUGGAGUGAGUGAAGAGUUGAACCUAAUCGCCUCGGAGGAGUUAGAUCAAGCUCCCGCGAGAAGACGCGUACGUUCCGCUUUCGCUGAUUUGCAGCUUCAGCUCGAUCACUGCUUGUUCAAGAAAGCUCCGGGUGGGAUCAGAACAGAGGAGGUAAACUGUGAUUUGAAUUUUGAACGUUGUUCUUAUGUGAAAGACUCUAAAGUAGUUGUUGAAUCUUCUUCUUCUUCUUGUGUGGAUAUGAUUAGUGGUAUGAGAGAAAUUCUAAAGGGGAGGAGAUUUUCUGCAAGUGUUGGUUGCCGGAGGCCGGAGUUGAAAUCAAAGCGGCGGUGUGUUUCUGUCAUGGCUAUGGCAGUACUUGCACUUUCUUAUUUGAUGGCAUAG